AUGUCGGUUCUUAUACCGGUAGUUUUCGGUUUCGUAGUGAUGUGUGGCAUCGGUAUACCGCGUACUGUGGUAGCAUUCGAACCGAGUACCGAUCAAGUAGAGACUAACUCCGUUGUUGAAGAACAUGCACCUCCGAAUAAUCUUAUCGAAAAAUACCGACUAUUAUCCGAUUCACCGUUUGAAAAAUCGAUCCUAGAUACGGUUUUUGGCCUAAGCUGGUACCAGAAGUUUUACAUAUUUUCAUCUGUGAGGAAGUUUUUCAAGUUCUCUGAUAUAGCCACUCACAUCUUGAGCAAAAGAAUCGAUAUAGUCUUCCAGAAAUUAGUUGAUGCUGUUUAUUUCAGCAGUAACAACAACAUCAACAACAACAUCAACAACAACAACAACUAUAAUGAUGAUAAGAUGUCUGAUAACAUCUUGUUGAAACCAUCGAUAAACGAAAGCAUUGAAGAUUUUAAGAAUGAGACACUGCCCUGCCAAGUUUGCAUGGUUUUAAAAAUUAUAGCUCCAUUAAAAGUACUCCCGAAGAAAACAUGCAAGUUCUUUAACUUUUGCAUAACAUCUGACAAAGCUACUUCUGCUGCUACAGACGCUGUUGCUGCUACUUCUGCUGCUAUAGAUGCUGCUGCUGCUACUUCUGCUGCUACAGACGCUGCUGCUGCCGCUACAGACGCUGCUGCUAAAGAUGACAGCAAAAUUGCUUCAGACGACGAAAAUGAUAGCAUGUUCCAUAACGAGAAUAAAUUCAUCAUUAAACGAAUUGUGACAAAAAAAUCCAACAACAACAACAAUAAUAAUAAUAACAAGAAUUCGGCGAAAUCCGUGCUUAAGAUUGUGCAUCUGGCCGAUGUACACAUUGAAGAGAGGUAUAAAGAGGGGACAAAUGUCUACUGCGGUUUGCCUGUCUGUUGUCUGGAGGAGUGGGGGAAGGGUCCCAGUGGGUUAUUUGGGGACUACAGGUGCAACAUACCACCGAGAACCUUCGAGAACUUUCUAGAAAAAGUCAACGGCCUAAACCCAGACAUAAUUAUCUUUACCGGCGACGUGUCUCCUCACACUGUUUGGGCUGAAACUUACGAGAGCCAGAUGAGGUGCACCAACACAACUGUCAACUUGCUAAGCAAGAAUCUAAGAGGGAGGAAUGUAUACCCGGUCAUUGGAAACCAUGUUUUUUUCGCCCAAUUGUACAGAGGUUUCUGGAUCACUUCUACAAUACAUGGUCGAAACUGGCAAAUUUUAGUAGAACAGAUCAGACUAAUAUUAAAUCUGGUUAAAGAUUUUUAUUGUGGUGGCUACUACAGCAAAAUGAUACACAAAAAUCUGAAGAUGAUAACAAUUAACGGCCUAUACAUGUAUGUCCAUAACUAUUACAAUGUUUGGAAUCACGAGACAUUGCUACUACCGCCCGAAGUCAAAAAGAUGAAACAGUUUUUGGAAGAUGAAUUGAAAGAUGCUAGAAGAAAUAAAAAUAAGGUUCUUUUAACUUUCCAUAAUCCAUUUGGGACGUCAGACUACAUAGUAUCCGAAUCGAUCUACAUGGAGAGUAUCAUACGUCAGUAUCAUGACGUCAUCGUUCUCAAUCCUAUAUACGAUAAAGCAGGUGUGCCAGUAUCAGUUCAAUUAGUAUCGCCAUCCGUAUCUACGUCCAAUUACAGAAACCCGACAAUUAGGAUAUACUAUCUUGAUAGUGAUAGCUAUCAGCUGCUUGAUUAUGAACAGUAUCUCUUGAAUAUCAUGGAGUUGAAGAACCUGACGAUGGCAGACGUGCCGAACUUCAACAUCAGCAACUACAUCAGGCUGAUCUACAGCUGUAAGAGUGAGUACAAUAUGACUGAUUUGUCGCCAGUGUCAUGGGAUUCCCUGAUUGAUAGAAUGAACGCCAGUAAAUCCCUGCUCCUGAAGUACGUGAACCACUACAAUGUGCAUGUGAAAAAUUUCACGAACGUCAACCGCCUGGACAAGCGAAAGCACCUCUGCAGGGUGAAAAACGUGCAUUACGAUAAAUACCGGAACUGCGUUUUCGAUAGGGAUAAGUGGGAGAAUCCGGAUUUCGAAAUCGGGAUCGCCCUGACAAAAAGACCCCCACUCAUGCAGCCGAUCGUAAAUACAUCGGAUAGAGUUUCCGGCUGCUGUGUCGUCUGGAUGAUGAUGGCUGUGAUGUCGGUUUUGAUGAUGAUGUGGUGA